CACAAAAAUGUGGAUCUCUCCUAUAUUGUAGGUAUAGUUGUUCGUAUAGCAAGGCUACUCCGUAGCAGACGUACCUAUGCCAUACCUACUGUAUACCUACUCCGUAUUUCUGAUCCUGGAAUUUUGAGAUGUGAUAGACCACCCGCUAAUUUCGCUCUUGACAUUUGCCAGCAGAGCAACGCUCGAUUCUCCUAGCACAUUCGCGAACUAUCUCGGCCUAACGCUCGCGCCCACCAGGACGCCUCUCGUCGCAUCUGGUAGGCUCUAGACCCCACCAGUGAGCUCCGCAGCAGUGAGUGACGCCCCGCUCUGCUAUAAGUACGAAGCUGAGAGAUUAUUCACCGGAUUAGACUUGAGAUUCUACCUGCAUUAUUUUUUAGUAGCUCGAAAACUCCAUGCUUCUGACAUGAAUCUUUCGCUAUCGCCUCCCAGCCCAUUUCGAACGGCCUCCCGCCCUCCGCCGCUAGUCACUCCGAAACGAAAGCUCGACGACUUUUCAAUCAGAACGAACUAUCUGUCACCGCUUCCGUCAACGUCACCCCUACUCUCCACGUCACCCUUUCCUUCCGCGUCACCCCUUCUGCUCUCCACGUCACCGCAUCCCGCCACGCCGACCUCAGCUGGAGCCAGCCCGUCGCUGCUCGCGCGCGAGUCGUCCCUCGACUCGGAGUCGCCUCUGCUGAACAACCUGAAGCGGCAUUGCGGCUCGCAUCGCAUGACCAGUAGUCAUCAUCACCAUAAUCCGUUAAACAACAACGACGAUAACGCGUCGCCAAGCUUCCCGGGCAGCAGACUCGCACUCGAGACGCCUCCGGUUCUCGUCCUGGAGAGAGAGGGAGAGGAAGUUCCUCUUGAAGACGAUCAGAUUCCCUCGCCGCACCCGAAGCUCGCCUUGCCGCGGGGUGUCGCAGCUCACAGCUACCACGGUCGCCGUUACAAGGGCGUGCGACAGCGAAAAUGGGGAAAGUGGGUAACCGAGAUUCGCGACCCUCGCACGAAGAUUCGCGUGUGGCUGGGGUCGUACGAAACGGCGGACGAGGCCGCGAGGGUGUACGACAUGGCCGCGCGGAUGAUCCGCGGAGGGGGAGGCGGCGGAAGGCUCAACUUCCCCCAUGAGGCGCAUCCCGUCGCCGUUCCGCGCGCCAUCGCGGAAGCACUGCUCCGAACGGUCCGCGAAAACAGAGCCGCGUGCGCUGCAGACGUCGCUGGGAGCGAGGGCCUCUACGUCGCAGGCGAGGCGGGCGAGGCGGGCGACGCUGUUGGCGACAGUGCGUGCGACCUGUCAGCGAACUUCUCAAGUGACGUCGUUCGGCUGGAGGCGGUGGGCGACAGCGUGGUUGUGGCGGACUUCCCCCCUGCGGCGUCGGUGGCGCCGCUUCGAGUGAUUUCAGGCGACAAGGGCCAGCAGAUGGUGCUGCUUGGACCCACUGCGGAAGAUGCUUGGACGAACCAGCAGCAGCAGCAGCAGCAGCAGAAACAACAAAGGCACCAGCAAGGGGGACAAAGUGGGGAAGCAGCAUGGGCGUCUACUAGUGGCUUCACAACCCCUAGGCCGCCACCACUGGCUGUGAAGCAGGAGGCGUGUGUGGUGCAAUUCCAGCCAUCUCUACAGCCACCGCCAGAUCAGCAGGACACGAAUGAUGCAGCCUUGGCCGUUCUGCUCCGCCCGAGUGCUGCUGUCGAGGCAUCUGCUCCAUGUGGGUUUGAUUCGUCACCGUUUGGCAAUCACAGCUGCCCGCGCAGCGAGAUCGCCUGGGAAUUUGAGGGUGGCAAACUCAAGGUUGCAUCUGUGAAGGAGGAAGGCCAGACUAUCCCCUACUUGGACCUGAAGCCCCUGCUUGACGCGAAGCCACGUGGUGCCAUGGAGCCCUCCACCCCUGUUAUGCCUUUUGAUGCAGAGCAUGUCGCCGAGCCUGAGUCCCCCAACAGCAGCAGCGGCCCCAGCGAGCUGUCCUCUGCCGGCCAUUCGCAUUCCCUCUCUGAUGAGGUCUCUGAUGUGGUGGAGGAGGAUCACCACACCUCCAACACCCCCACACAGCCAGCAGAGGAGAGCAGCAGCUUUCUGCCCUGUACGAGCUCUGUGGCGACGUGCGAGGCGCAGGCAGACAUGCUGACAGACAUCAUGAACCUGCUGGAUGAGCACCUGCCGGCCAGGCUCACCUCCUUGACGACUUCCGGCAGAUUUGACGACCGGAUGAAUGGCAAUGGAGGCUUACUGAGCGGAGAUGGCUUCCAGGAGCAAUGUGUGGGUGGUGGUGGUGGUGGCGAUGCAAAUGAUGCCAUACUCUGGGCUCUCACACAGGUUCAGGGAGCAGUGGGAGGGGCACAGUCUCAAGCUUUCAAUGCACCAGAGCCCGUGGCUUUUCCUGCUGCGCUACCAUCUACAACCCAUGAGGAGGUGCCUGGGAGUGAUGCUGAGCUGGUGAAUGUUUCACCUUGGGGGUUGUCACCUGCUGCUGUUGGGUUCGACCUCUGGAGCUGAAGAGGAAGUUUCUAUAUAUCAGCAGCAUGGCUGGAGUGCCUGGGAUUGGUUUUCCCUGCUUUUCUGCUUAGGAGCUCCCCCUUGCCUUCUGGUUCUUCCACACCGUGGCCAGCCAUCAUGAUUACAAGCGUUACAGCACCACCAACAUUUUGUUAAUAUGGUGGAUAAACGCCAACCAUGAUGCCUGGCCAUGGCUUGUUGAUUUUUGUUCACUUAUCAUUAUAUAAUUUGAACUGAAUUUAUUUCA